GUAUCGACUGGGGCCACAAGCCAGGGGCUCGUAGCUCUGACGUCAUCAGUGCCAAUGUGUCAUUCGCUUUCGGGCUCCAGGAGGUUGACCUGACUCCCUCCGCGAAGAGACGGCGCGCAGGAAAGCAGUGAGAUCGAAACAUCCUGUAAAACAGAACUAACGUAAACAAAUGCAAUAUACAGCAUUUUAUUAUUGUUUGUCAGUAAAAAUCAAAAUUUUGAUACAGCUAGCUUGCAAACAGUUGCGAGUAUUUCAAUUGAGGAGCAAUUCGACGUCGGUCUGGUCAACUUGGAUAGCUAGCAGUUAGUUUACACAGCUAACGUUAGGCCUAGCGUGAAUCUAUCCACCGCAGGAAAAGCAACAUACGAAGGAAUGAGUGAUGACCUCUGUUGUGGUGGCAGAUGGUGGAGGGAAUAUGGUGGAGUACGUCACUGUCAUGGAAGAGACUGAGCAGCUUGCGGCCUCCCUCAAUGCGUCUCUCUGUCCUGUCUCCAGAGUGAGGAGGGGGAGGUGGUGCAGGAGAUAGUGGAGACAGUAAUCGGGGAGGAUGGGGAGGAGUAUCCUGCUGUGGUGGUGGAGGAGGUUCCCAGUGCCCAGGUGGAGCAGUGCUACGCUGCCCAGGUGCUGGUCUACGAUGACGGGACCUACCUGAUGCAGGACGUGGGAGACGAGCAGGAGGUGGUCACAGAGGUGGUGGAGACAGUAGAGGUGUCAUCACACGGGGGCACCAUGUGCUUUGAUAAGACCUUCGAAGCGGCCGAGGCCCUUCUUCACAUGGACUCCCCUAGCAGUUUCCAUGGAGACCGCAACAACACAGUGGAGGACGUGAUGAUGGAGACGGUGGUGGAGGUGUCUACAGAGUGUGAGCCCAUGGAGGAGGACAGCUUCCCUAUACCCCCCGACUACGAGCCUCCCUCAGCCAAGAAGAAGAAAGGUGGAAGGAAGUCGAAGACACAACAGCCUCAGCCUGACACCAACUGCACCAUUGACCUGGGGAUCAGGAAGAGACCCAGAGAGGGAAAAGGGAGCACCACCUACUUAUGGGAGUUCCUGUUGGAUCUCCUCCAGGACAAGAACACCUGUCCCAGGUACAUCAAGUGGAUGCAGCGGGACAAGGGCAUCUUCAAACUGGUGGACUCCAAGGCGGUUUCCAAACUGUGGGGCAAACACAAGAACAAACCUGAUAUGAACUACGAGACCAUGGGCAGAGCACUCAGGUAUUACUACCAACGGGGGAUCUUAGCAAAGGUGGAGGGUCAGAGACUGGCUUACCAGUUUAAAGACAUGCCCAAGAACAUCAGGGUGAUCGACGAUGACGGGGAUGAAGAGGGCGAGGAGGGUGAGGGGGAACCCUCUGAGCACCACCGGGCGGUCCAGACCCUGACCCUUGACCCUGCCACCUCCACCCAGACAAAGCAGAGCUACGUCACCGUCGUCCCCGCUGCGUCCGGCAACAGGACCAUGCGUUUGGCCAUGCCCAUGGUCAUGACGACGACGCUGGGUCAGAUGACCCUCAACUCCUCCACUGUCUUCACCACCCAGGCUCCCAUCACCCUGGGCAACGCCCACGCCAGCGGGCCCAAGCUGGUGAUCCAGACCCUGCCCACCAUGAUGCCCUCUGGGGCCAAGAGCGGAGAGAAGAUCACCAUCAUCACCAUCCCGGCGGCCCAGCUAGCUCAGCUAACGCAGGGCAACCUCUCAGCCCAGCUCUCAGGCCAGCUAGCUCAGCUCAUACAGGCCAAACCAGUCACCCAGCUCAUACAGGCCAAGCCAGUCACCCAGCUCGUGCAGGUCAAACCAGUCACCCAGCUCAUACAGGCCAAACCAGUCACCCAGCUUGUGCAGGCCAAACCAGUCACCCAGCUCGUGCAGGCUAAACCCGCCACACUCCAGAUAAUGCAGAAACCAGCCCCUCCGCUCAUACUAGCAAAGCAUGUGAGACAGCCCCCCAACCAGCAGCCACCUGCGGCCUCCCCUGUAGGUAUACCACAGCCCCCUCCCUCCACUGCCAUCACCACCCCUGUACCAACCCCCACUACACCUCCUGUAAAAGAGGCCAUCUCACCCCCCACAGCCCUCCCAGAGUCCACCCCAUCCCCUCCUUCAGCGAGCACGGAGCCCUCCCAGUCCAGCCCGGAGGACCCCUCUGCCUCGGAGUCGGCACAGAACCCAGUGGCCCCUGAAUCUUGAGAACUUGAGGCCCGAGGGCUACUGACUCCAUAUUGACACUGUUUGAAGUGGAGUCUUCACUUCCCAUCCUUCUCUCACUGGGCAGUGGAGCUGUUGGACCAUACAGAGUAGGAGAGCUCUGAACUGGACCUCAGUUGGAGCGCCUAGCUACCAGGAAGCUAGUCUUCAAACUGGAGCUGCAGUGACCUCCGUAUCAGAAAACCAGGAAGACACGAGAGGAAAAGGGACUUUGUAUACAUACUCUUUAGAAGCUCGUUGGAACUCAAACAACGGGCAAGCCUUAGAUUGUAAAUUGAAAAUCCUUUUUUAAAAUCAAAAACAUAAUAUAAGGAAGGUCUUUGUGUAAAACCUUUUUGAUACUCUGCAGCAGGUUACGUAUGAUGUAUUCGAAGUUCGAUGCAACUGCAGUUCUUUUGUAUCAUAGUUGGAAUCUUUGCUUUGGCUUUUCAUCUGACUUUGUUGGUUCUCAGUCUCUGUAUGGCUAUGGGGCAGUAGUACCCCACAGCACUGUCCCUCAACACUCAAUGUUCUUUUGUGUUUCUUUUUUUUUACUGUUCAGGAAUGGGAGCGAAAGGAUGUUUGUGUCAAGAAAAGACAAAUCUAGAUAGUAUAUUCCACAUUUAUGCUAUUUUCUUGUACUCGCUGUAUUGAUGUAGAUUUAAACUGAAAUGUAUUAUAAAAACUAACAUGAAUA